AUGGCUGAUGAUCAGAACGCCGCCGCAAGAGUUAACUACGGCGAAGGCCUCCGGCUAAAGGAGACUUGGUCGAGAUGCGUCACGGAGUGCGGCGCGCACAACUUCGAGCUCCCCGACUACUCGCUGCUCGACGGCAUGGGCGCCGGCAAGUUCGUCAGAUCCAGCAAGUUCAGCGUCGGCGGCUACGACUGGAAAAUCAGGUUCUACCCGGACGGAGAAAAGAUUGCCCCUGCUGCCCCUACCAGCUAUGCAUCGGCCUACUUGAUCUACCUUAGCGAGACGCUGGAGACAAUAACGGGAAAGUUGGCCUUGACUAUGCUGGACAAAGACGGCAAAGUGGUAGCCAGCAAGGAACUGCCGGGACAGCUCGAGCGCGCCCUCAAAGACGGGAAAGAUGCCGACAUCACGCUCCUGGUCGGCGGUAGAGAGUUCGGAGCGCACAGGUUCAUGCUGGCCGCGCGGUCGCCGGCUUUCCACGCGCAGCUCCUUGGUCCCACGGGGGAGAACAAGAACACGCCUCGUGUAAUAGAGGUCGUCGACAUGGAGCCGGCCAUCUUCGAGAUGCUCCUUCACUUCAUCUACACGGACUCGCUGCUGCCGCCGUGCGACGGCGAAGAAGGCUAUGGUGCCCCCAAGAUGCAGCAACUGCUGGUCGCGGCAGACCGGUACGGGCUGGAUAGGCUCAAGGCGAUGUGCGAAGAGAAGUUGUGCAGAAGCAUCGAUGUGAAAACAUUCACGAGUACAUUGGCGCUGGCGAAUGAGCACUGCUGCGAGCGGCCCAAGAAUGCAUGCGACGAGUUCAUGUCGAAGCCAGGACGAGUGAGCGAUGUCCUGUCAAGCGACGGCUUCAAACGCCUCAUUGCAAGUUGCACCCCGCUACCUUUGGAGGACAAAACUGCCCCGAAAAAGAAAUUGAAGUUCUCGUUAAUUAAUUAG